AACAAUGCGAAGGGGGAGUAGAAAUUUAAAACGUGUUAACAUAUUUUACUAAGAUUCUUCAAGGUUGUAUGUACCCGCUAUCACAACUGGAUGCAGAGAUCUCUUAUUUUUUUAGCUCCCAGGACUGUCUGUGCAGGACUACAAACUCUUAGAACACUUGUUGGGUGUCAGCAACUCUUCAAAGUGUGUAGAUCCUCGCCUGUCUCUUCAUGCUUUGAACAUCAACCUUCACCCAUUUAUGUGUUUAAUUUUUCCAGGGAAAUCUGUAAUUUUUCCUCAGUAUCCCAUAAACACAGGUUCCUCCAAAAGUGUUCUCCCCAGCUUUCCCUGCAUCAGUAUUUCUCCAACGAGCCAGAUAUGGCAGAACAGAGGUUCAUUGUGGAAUACGCCAAACGUGGUACUGCAGGUUGUAAGAAAUGCAAGGACAAAAUCCAGAAGGGCAUAGUGCGUAUAGGGAAGAUUGUGCCAAACCCUUUCAGUGAGUCUGCAGGAGAGAUGAAAGAGUGGUAUCACGUGAAGUGUAUUUUUGAGAAGCUGGAAAGGGCGAGAGCCACCACGAAGAAGAUUGAGGACAUCACAGACCUGGAGGGCUGGGAGGAGCUGCAGGAUGAAGACAAGGAACUCAUUAAUAAACACGUUUCAGACCUGAUGGCCAAGGUCAAUGCAAGUCCGAAGAAGAAGGUGCAGGCCAAGAUGAACACCACUGGCCAGCUGAUGGCUCCUCCCGCUGACCCGUCCGUCAACGCUCCACGCAAGUUUUCAGGCUUCACUGCUGCGAAGGCCGGCACCUCCAGCAGCUCAGGACCAUCAACCCCUUCCCCUGCCAAAGCCAGCCAAGGCAGCCCCCUGUCCUCCCAGCUCUGUGACCCCCAGCACAAGGACUGCCUCUUCAGAGAGUUUCGCAAGCUUUGUGCCACGGUGGCAGAAAACAACAGCUACAAUGUCAAGACACAAAUUAUUGAGAAGUAUCUCAAGAAAGGCUCAGGUGGAGAUAAGUUCCAUGGAGAUCUUUACCUGACAGUGAAACUGCUCUUGCCGGGCGUUGUAAAAAGUGUCUACAACCUCAAUGACAAACAGAUCGUAAAACUCUUCAGUCGCAUAUUCAGAUGCGACCAGGAUGACAUGGUGCGCGAUCUGGAGCAGGGUGAUGUAUCUGAGACAGUGAGGAUGUUCUUCGAUGAGAGCAAAGCAUUUCCUCCAGCUGCCAAGAGCCUGCUGACCAUCCAGGAAGUGGACGCAUCCCUGACCCGCCUCGCCCAGCUGACCAAGGAGGAUGAGCAGCAGACCGAGCUGGAGGAUAUUGCCAAAAAAUGCACCAGUAAUGACCUGAAAUGCAUCAUUCGACUUAUUAAGCAUGACUUGAAGAUGAACUCCGGAGCGAAACACGUCUUGGAUGCUGUGGAUCCAAACGCUUAUGAUGCCUUCAAAGCCUCGCGUAAUCUGGGUGAUGUGAUUGAGCGGGUGUUGAGGAAUCAGCAGGAGGCGUCCAAUGGUUCAGGGCCCAGGAAGCUCCUCACUGUGGAGGCCUCUCUCAUGACCCCCGUUCAGCCCAUGUUGGCAGAAGCGUGUAAAUCCAUAGAGUACGCCAUGAAGAAAUGUCCCAACGGGAUGUACUCUGAGAUCAAGUACGAUGGAGAACGAGUGCAGGUCCAUAAGAACGGAGACAACUUCAGCUACUUCAGCCGCAGCCUCAAGCCGGUGUUACCGCACAAAGUGGCCCAUUUCAAAGACUACAUCCCUCAGGCUUUUCCCGGCGGCCACAGUAUGAUAUUGGAUGCUGAAGUCCUCCUAAUUGACACAAAGACCAGUAAACCCCUGCCUUUUGGGACCCUGGGUGUACACAAGAAAGCAGCGUUUCAAGAUGCCAAAGUGUGCCUUUUUGUUUUCGACUGUAUCUACUUCAAUGGCGUGAGUCUCAUGGAGAGGCCGCUGCGUGAACGCAGGAAGUUCCUACAUGACAACAUGGUGGAAGUUACCAACAGGAUCCUGUUCUCAGAGAUGAAGCAUGUCACUAGGGCGGGAGACCUGGCUGAUAUGAUAACUCGUGUCAUCAGAGAGGGACUUGAAGGCCUGGUGCUAAAAGACAUAAAGGGCACCUAUGAACCAGGAAAGCGCCACUGGCUGAAGGUGAAGAAGGACUAUUUGAACGAAGGCGCGAUGGCAGACACGGCUGAUCUGGUGGUGCUGGGGGCCUUCUAUGGAAAAGGCUCAAACGGGGGCAUCAUGUCCAGUUUCCUAAUGGGCUGUUACGACCCGGACUCGAAGAAAUGGUGCACAGUCACCAAGUGCUCUGGAGGCUACGAUGACGCCACCCUGGCCAGGCUCCAGAAGGAGCUGGAUGUGAUCAAAAUCAGCAAGGAACCAAGCAAAAUCCCAGGCUGGUUGAAAAUCAUCAAGAACUAUUAUCCAGAUUUCAUUAUCCGUGAUCCUGAGCAAGCACCUGUCUGGGAGAUCACAGGCGCUGAGUUCUCCAAAUCAGAAAUGCACACAGCCGAUGGCAUCUCUAUCCGCUUUCCCCGCAUGACGCGCAUCCGUGAUGACAAGGACUGGAAGAGUGCCACCAACUUGCACCAGCUUAAAGAGCUGUAUCGCAUAUCAAAGGAGAACUGUGACUUUAAAGUGACAGCUGGACCGUCUACAUCCAACGAUGACAAGGGCUCGUCAGGAGGGGACAGCGGAGGAAACUCGCCGUCGCCCUCGUCCCAGCGAGGCGCCCCUCCCAAGAAAGCCAGCAACAGCACGCCACCCAAACCAAAGGCGGUGAAAUCCCAGCCUCGCACUCCAGCCUCAGAAGCACCCGCUCCCAAGAAGGUGAAGAAGAGCGAAAGUGUUCACAGCAACGGACAACAAAACAAAACAAAGGCAACUUCUCAACUGCUGCAGCCAAGGAAUGACAAGACUCUGAUGGACAUCUUCAGCGGGGUGAAGCUCUUCAUGCCCAUCUCAGUGCAGGACUUUGACAAGCUGAGGCGGUACUUUGUGGCGUAUGACGGAGACCUCGUCCCGGACUACGACACCACCUCAGCCACACACACUCUGGCUGAACCUGAAGAAGACAGCCAGGCCCAGAGAGUCACACCCAGCUGGAUCUGGGAAUGUAUCCGCAAGAGGCGCGUCGUACCUCCCUGUUAAUUUAAAACAAACAAACAAAAAACAACAGUGUUUACCUCUACUACACAUCAGUGUGACUUAACUUUAUGCAUGUCAAACCAUACGAACAGGGCUAAUCUUUAUGGGUUAGAUUACGUGACACUAGACACUGUGUCCAUGGGAUUUACACACUGCUCUCACUUUUAUUUUUUCCCUUUGUGUUUUGUACACUUGCAAACCAGCAGGGGCCACAUUCAGUACACAUUCACUUUUGGAGUUUCAAUUUUUUUUUUUCUUUUUGCCAAUUUCAGGUAAUGGAAAAAUAGUGAAUCCUGGUGAUAGAUGUAGUUUUUUGUAAGAAUGACAUGAAAGAAUGAAAUGCAUUUUACAUAAAAAUCAUGUAACAUAAAAUUACAAUACAGACAGUUGAACUAAAAGACGGGUGUGUAGGAUUUAGGGAGAUCUAUUGUCAGAAAUAGAAUAAUAUUCAUAAUUACGUUGUCAUUAGUGUACAAUCACCUGAAAUUAUGAAUCGCUGUGUUUUCAUUGGCUUAGAAUGAGCCCGUUAUAUCUACAUAGCACUCCAUGUUUCUACAGAACGGACAAAACAAACACUGGCUCUAGAGAGAGGGCAUUUUGUGUUUUUAUGUCACCUGAAGGCCACUGUAGAUUUUCUUGUAUGAUUGGA